UGCCUCUUUCGGGUCCAUCGCAGGCCAAAUGACGUUCUAUGUAUGGAGCGCUGACCAAGGCUCCUGCAUCCUGCUGAGGUGAAGUAUGACCGAACAGAUGCACCCCGGGCUUGCAACGGUUCCCGACCUGUUCCUUGAUUCGGUUUGGAAGAAUUCUCCUCUGAUUGGCUGCUCUGCAACGUUCCCCUAGACCCAUGGAACUGGGCGCGUCGCCACGGCGUCCCAAGAUUCUAGGCAGGCUUGUCAAAGUCAAUGUUCCUAUCAAGCACGGGCCAUCAGUCCAUCGACGAGACGAACGAUGGCGACCGCGUUGUGAUCUGCUAGUUAGUAAGUGAGUAAGACCAACUGGUUGCGACUCGAGCACUCUAGAGGGUGAUAUAUAUCUUCGUUUCCGUCAUCUCCAAGACAAAGUUCGUCCCCCGGGGAGAAUCGAACUAUAUCAGGCGCCCUGUUGAAGCAAUGGCGGCCCCGAACAAACCUCGCAUCGUCAUCGUCGGCUCUGGCUGGGCAGGCUUUUACCUCGCCGAGAACAUCGAUCUCAAUGCCUAUUCCAUCACCUUGAUCUCCCCGCGUCGUACGUCGGCAUACACGCCGCUCCUGGCCUCUGCGGCGGUAGGUCUGUUCAACUUCUACCUGGCCGAGGAACCGGUCCGCAGCAAAUCGCGGUCCGCACUGCGCUUCAUCAAAGCCAACGUUCUCGACGUCAAUUUCCAGACCAAGACGUGUUGCUGUGCGCCGGCCUUUGAGGAAGACCCGCGACUCGCCAACGACGAAUUCGACGUCGAGUAUGACUAUCUAAUCUUGGCGCCCGGAUGUAUGCCGAACACGUUCGACACGCCCGGCGUAGCGGAGAACGCCAUCUUCAUCAAGAACGUCUCGGACGCGAUGAGAGUGCGCAAGACGCUCUUUGAUCUGCUCGAGAAGGCCUCGCUUCCCAACGUGUCCCCCGAACGGGCGCGCGAGUUGCUCCACAUCGCCAUCGUCGGCGGGGGUCCCACCGGCAUCGAGCUCACGGCCGAGCUGGACGAUUUGUGCCAGGACGAGCUGCGGUACACCUACCCACUCGUCGCGCAGUACGUGAGCAUCUCCGUCUACGACGUGGCGCCGCACAUCCUGAGCGCGUACGACAACAAGCUGCACGAGUACGCCGCGAGUCAGCUGGAGCGGCGCCACAUCGACGUGGCGCCCAACACGAGGAUCGAGCGGGUCGACGACCAGGCGCUGUACAUCAAGGACAAAGGCCGUGUCCCCUACGGGAUGCUGAUCUGGGCGACGGGCAACAAGCAUGUCCCGCUGCUGGACCAGAUCGACGUCAAACUGUCCCAGCGGGGCCUCAAGCGCGUCUUGACGGACGACCACCUCCGGGUCUUCCAGAACGGAGACAUCGGCCAGGUCCACGACGGGGUCUUUGCCCUCGGCGACGCAGCCGACGUCGAAGGCGCGUCCCUCCCGACCACGGCCGAAGUCGCGGUCCAAAAGGCGCAGUACCUCGUGCAGAACUUCAACGCGCUCGCCAAAUCCCGGGCCAAGAAGCCCGCUGGCUCGCCGCCACCACCACAACAACCACCACCCUCCGAGCUAUCCUCUACUACCGCUACCGCUAACGCUCCCGCCGAGAGCAGCACCGCCUUCAGCAGCCCGUUCGCGUACUCGCAGAAACAACUGGUCUCGUACAUCGGCGCGCACGACGGCGUCAUCGCGGGCAAGGGCCCCAACCACGAGGGCUGGACGGGGCGGAGCGCCUGGCUGGCCUGGCGCAGCGGCAGCCUGAUGUGGAACCGCAACUGGCGCAGCCGGGUGGUCAUUGUCUUCACCUGGGUCCUGAACCGCGUGUGGGGGAAGGAGAUUGCCCGCAUGUGAAAAGACGGAGUGUUACAAGGAGGUGCGAAGAAAGAAGAAGAAGCAGGCGGGGCGGGGUGAGGGAAAAUAACGGGACGGGAAAAAGGAAUAACGGGCGACUUACUACUUACUAUUUACUCCUUGCUACGGGGUCUUAUGGGUCUUAUUGGUCGUAAUGAAUUGGAUGAUGGAGGCAGUCUCGCGGACAGAACGCAACUCACUUACGAACAUUGGUCUCGUUGGCUCCACUAAUGAAUACGAAGCAGAAACCCAAAGGGACACAGACUGUAGAGCAGGACAGAAACAGAACAACAGCAGUCAUGAAAGAGCUGCCAACUCAAGAGUCACCCGUUGGUCCCUAC